AUGGCGAAUGUCGCUGCGAAGAAGAUGCAAGACGUGCAGCAUCAAGAGGAAAAGCCAGAAAAGGUUCCCUCGUCUGGUCACAGCUCUGAUACAGCUCCAGGCAGCGAUAAUGCUCCUACUCACGACAAGGCCGAGUCUCCUACCACCAGAGAAGAUGGCAAGAUAGAGAUUAAGGAGGAAGACUGUUGGGACAAGCUUGGCUAUUCUUUCUCUCCCUUCAGGAAAUGGACUAUCCUCACCGUCAUCUUCUGGGUCCAAGUCUCCAUGAACUUCAACACAAGCGUCUACUCCAAUGCCGUCGAGCCUCUCACCAAGGCUUUUGUAAUUUCUGGCCAAGCGGCUAGGGUGGGGCAGAUGAUAUACCUUGUGGCUUAUGCUUUUGGAUCUGAGCUGUGGGCUCCUUGGAGCGAGGAUCUGGGCCGCUGGCCGGUCUUGCAGCUUUCGCUUUUUCUGGUCAAUGUUUGGGAGAUACCCUGCGCCUUGGCACCGAACUACAGCACCAUCAUUGGGUUCCGUUUUCUUGGUGGACUGUCCUCAGCUGGCGGGUCUGUGACGUUGGGCUUGAUAGCAGAUAUGUGGGAGGCGGAUGACCAACAGUAUGCCGUGGCUUUCAUCGUGUUAUCAUCGGUCGGUGGAUCCGUUCUUGGUCCUAUUGUUGGAGCCUUCGUGCAACGUUGGCUUAGCUGGCAUUGGAACUUCUGGGUUCAGCUUAUCUUCGGCGGAGCUGUACAGCUAGCCCACUUCUUCCUCGUACCGGAGACUCGCUCUACAAUUAUCCUGGACAGAGAAGCCAAGAAAAGACGCAAGGCUACAGGAGAGAACAUAUGGGGUCCCAACGAACUCAAAGAGAACCGCUUCUCACCCAAAGAGAUCCUCGCCACCUGGGGUCGUCCAUUCGAAAUGUUCAUCCGCGAGCCAAUCGUGCUUUGCCUAUCUCUCCUAUCCGGUUUCUCAGACGCCCUUAUUUUCACCUUCCUCGAAUCUUUUCAGCCCGUCUACGAACAGUGGAACUUCGGGACCACGGCUCAGGGUCUCGCCUUUAUACCCGUUCUGAUCGGUUACUUCCUUGCCUGGGUUUCCUUCUUCCCUUUCUUCGCCCGGCACAACAAGAUCCGUGCAAGGGAUCCCAACGCCCUUCAGCCCGAAGCCCGCCUAUACUGGCUGCUAUACCUUGCACCCCUCGAAGCAAUCGGACUCUUUGGCUUUGCCUGGACUAGCUUGGGGCCGGCAUACAACGUCCACUGGAUCGCGCCUAUGAUCUUCUCAAUGCUCAUCGGCGCUGCCAACUACGCAAUCUACAUGGCCACGAUCGACUACAUGAUCGCCUCUUACGGUCCUUACUCCGCCUCCGCAACCGGCGGCAACGCCCUUGCUCGUGACUUCCUCGCUGGUAUAGCAGCCAUGUAUGCGACUCCCUUCUACACAGACGUUGGCAACGGACAUGCGAAAUUCAAACUAGAGUGGCCGUCGACGAUACUGGCUUGCUUGGCUAUCAUUGUGACGGUACCGAUUUACAUCUUCUACUGGAAGGGGCCGUAUAUAAGGGAAAAGAGUAAAUUUGCGCAGACGCUGGCGUCGGAUCGAAAGGAACAUGGGGGAAGGAGAGUGGAGAGUGUGGGUGCGAAGGCGGAGGCGGGGCAUAUGGAAGACGCUUAG